GGGCGCGGGACUCUCCGACCUGCGGGCCCAGGAAGUAGCGGGCGCGCAGCGUGCGGCCGCGUUGGUUGCACGGUUCGUGUGUGGGUGUCCUGGCCGUUUCGACCUGCCCAGUGCACAGCCACGAUGCGGCACGCACCAAGGGCCAGGUGUCUGUGGGGUGAGCGGAAGAACGAAUGGCUUGGGCAUGCUCCGCCUCCCAGGCCCCGCGCCGGGGCGUCACGUGUGGAGCCCCUUUAAGCCUGGCCGCCGGGGAUGUGGGACACUGGCCUGGCUCGGGUGGAGGUGGCCCGGCAGGCACCCGCGCCUCCCACCACCAGUCUUUCUUGCGAAGCAGUGGGUCCCCGAAUGGGAGGGGUGGUGGUCCCGUCCUGGGCCGCAGCGCCUGCCCGUCCGCCCGCCUUAGGCAUCGAAGAGCUGUGCCAGAAGCGAGAAGAGUUGUGCCGGCAGAUCCAGCAGGACGAGGAUGAGAAGCAGCGGCUGCAGAAUGAGGUGAAGCAGCUCACAGAGAAACUGGCCCGAGUCAACGAGAACCUGGCACGCAAGAUCGCCUCUCGCAACGAGUUUGACCGGACCAUCGCGGAGACAGAGGCUGCUUACCUCAAGAUCCUGGAGAGCUCACAGACUCUGCUUAGUGUCCUGAAGAGGGAAGCUGGGAACCUGACCAAGGCCACGGCCUCAGAGCAGAAGAGCAGUGGGGGCAAGGACGGCUGAUGAAGCCACAGGCGGGGAGGGGCGCACCCUCGUCCAUCAGUGGCCCGGCUCCCAGCAAGUCUGUCUUCAAAGCGUCUUGGUUCCUUAAGGCAGCAGCUGCCUUCUCUGUCUCCAGUGCCAAGAGGCAGCUGCCACUCCCCACGGGCCCAAGGUGACAAAAAAGUCCUGGGUGCAACCCUCCAGGUUCGGUUCCUAGCCCUGUACUCACACGGGCUAUGGGGAGGGCAGGCCCUGGGUCAGCUCUGCUCAGGGCCCCUUUGAAGACCCCACACCCCACUGGGCUGCCAGAGAGGCCAUGCUUCUAGU